AUGCGCUUCGCUUCCUCGACUACUUCCUCGUCAUCGCGCUCCAAAACACUUUCACGCGACUCUCGGAAAAGCACAACACCACCGCCACAAAACACGCUCGCUGUUCUAGAAUCCACUAGCAUGAAUCUGGACCUGGGUAUGCAGCUCGAUUUAGGAACCUCCAGCCUGUCGCCGACCGCCAUGGAAGAUGACUUGGAUGCCUAUUUUGCUAAUAACAUUGACAACUUUGUCAACUGGGGUGAAGUCGGCCCCGUUGAGCAAGCUGUAGCGGAAGAUCGCGCCCCACAACUGCGACCUGAGGAUAUCAUUCCAGAGUCCGAGAUCAUGGCCUGGAGUAUCAAUCCCCCAUCUCCCGAAGCCAACGAUGAAUCCAAAGACCAAGAAGGCAGUCGGGGACAAGGCAGCUCUUUAGCCAUCCCUAUUCCGCUGCCUAGGAAUCUGCCCACUACUCUCUUUGAGAUGGCGAUGAACGACUCGCAGCAUCCAAUUCCUACCAAGCCCUUCACACAGGCGGAGGCUAAUAGAGUCUUCGAAUUCUGGGCAAACAAUGUUUGGAGUGACACCGACAUAACUGGGGCGUUCAACUUCUACUGUGCAGGCACAAGGAUCGGAAUACACAACCCGCCCGACUUCAUCUCGGAGGUGAUCCCAUUCCGCACUGAAGCAGACAUCAGCUGGGCGCUUGAUCAAGUCACUUGGCGAACCGAUUUUGCCAAGGCAUUCGCUGCUGCUGAGGCAUUCAACGCUACCUCUCUAGAACACCCAGCCAUAGAGUCCCCACAGCCCGCUACCCCCUGUCCGGCACGCCGAAUCGCCGAAUCCCCACAAACCUGCGCUAAAGGCAAGGCGCGCGGCAAAAAGAAGGACGAGACCGCAACCUCUGCUAAAGGCAAGAAGCGCAGCAAAAAGGAGGAUGGAACGACACCAGCUGUCGCUUCGUCGCCCACUACUACCGUUCCCGCACACCCAACCACAGAACCUUCACAAACCUCUGCCAAAGACAAGAAGCACAACAAAAAGGAGAAUGGAACCGCAAUCACCGUCGCUUCGUCGCCCACGCCCAACAAACGCGCGGAAGCAACCCCACACAAGCGAGUCGCUCCGCGCAAGAGGAAGAGCACCAACAACACGGAAGAUCCAGCGAGUACCACCAUGCCUGCUCCCCGUAAGCAGUUCACGAGACUCUCCGCGGUACCAUUUCCGACUCCCGCCCCCAGCCCGGCCGUGUCCUCGCCCGAUGCAGACGUCAAGCCCGAAGGAACCCCCUCCAAGCGCGUCGACCGCUCCUGCAUCAAGCCUCCCAACGAAAAGCGAGGCGGAUACAGCGACGAAGAGCGUGCGUACCUCGGCCAGCUUGUUCUGGAUGAUCCGGGCGCUGCGCAUAGUCUCCUUGCAGAGAGGUACAACGCUCACUUCCCUAAUGCUCAGCGCACUGUCAAGAGUCUCACUGGCAGGGUGCAUGAUUGGAAGGAGUUGAAGCCGCUUCGACAGGCGCAUUUGCAGAAGAUGGUUGAGGAGAAUAAGCUGAGUCAGGGGAGUAAGGAGGCGUUGAAGGAGACGUGA